AUGGGCAAGCGCAAGCAGAGGAGGUACAGGACGACGUUCACGAGCUACCAGCUGGAGGAGCUGGAGAGGGCCUUCCAGAAGACACACUACCCGGAUGUGUUCACAAGGUGA